AUGGCAAAGGCACCACAUACACUGCUACAAUUAUAUAUAGCUAUUUAUAAUACUUUGCUUCGUUUACAGACAACAAAGCUUGAGCUGAAGUUGUUGGUCGAAUAUGAGUAAGUAUAAAAAUGAUUAUUCAGGUAUAGAGCUUGUGCGUUAAAUGGCGUAAGAAGUAUACGCCAAUAUUACGGUGUGAUACUUAUUUGGUUUCAGACAAGUAGGCUACUAUGUUUUAGUCUGGCAUGUCUUGGCAUGAAAGAUGACUAAACUGAUGGAACUAAGGAAUGUUGGAGUCUUGUAUAUGCAUUAUUUUAUGCUCCUUGUUCUAACUCGUAGUUUCAGGUUAUUGAAUAAAAACCUGUACUUUAUGCACUUCAUUUUAAAGACUUAAGCCCCGUUUACACUACGCCCAAAUUUUGGUACGGCACGGAUAAAAUUGGUACCCGUACCACUUUUUUAGUUCUUGGACUACCUAUUUAGGUAGUCCAAGAACUACCAAAGGUACCAAAAAUUUGGCUAACGUUUAUUAAUACCCAAUCGACAACUUCAGAUCACUCAUAGAAUCGAACGAAGGUAACCAAGCUUUAAAAUUCCAUAACUUAAGAAAGACUUCUAUAAUUUUUAGCGACACCAGGGAAUUGAGACUGAGCUACGACUUAUGUGAUAAAAAGAAGGAAUUUCUACAGAAAAGAAAGGACGAAAUCUUCAAACACAUGCCAAAGAUUAUGGGUGAAAAAAAUGCACCGAAGAACAUUGACGAGGUAUGAUUGGUUUCUCAAACUUUGUUACGGAAAUAUCCUCCUCAAUAAAUAUUUCUCGUUUUGUACCGACUCUCGAAGAUAUUGAUGUUUGGUUUUUAAUCCUUUUUUGUCUAAAUGAAGGUACCAGUGAUUGGUAUCAUGGGAUCAGGUGGUGGAUAUAGGGCUGUGUGCGGAUUAUCAGGGGUAUUCUGUGCUCUUCAAGAAUCCGGCAUACUUGACUGUUCUACAUAUGUAACUGGACUGUCUGGCUCCUCAUGGUAUGUGAAGUUUUAGUGAAGUUUUGCGAUUAAUUGGACUUUCUGCCCAUACAUCCUGUUAACCAUUUAAGUGGCAUUGCGCCCGAUAUUAUAACUUUAUUAUUUUAUUCUGUCUGACGCCAGACGAUUUUACUCGUCAAGGAGAGAGUGCUGCUACUCAAUGGGUUAAUCAGACUAUCUUCCCAUGCACCCUGUUAACCCUUAAAGUGGCAAAGCCUCCUGAUGCCCCUUAUUUUAUUAUUUUACUCUGUCUAACGCCAGACGAUGGGGAGAGUGACUCAAUGGGUAAAAUAUAAGUUUAGCUGUUUUGCUAAUCAUAUACAGCGUCUUUUGCUUCGCCUUUGAAAGAACUAAUUGCGCGGACUGGAUGUCUGAUAAAUCCCCAUAGUCUGAUAUAAUUUGCAUUUCUUCUACAUAGGUACAUAUCGACACUCUAUCAGCACGGAGGUUGGCCCGGUAAUAUAACAUGUCAAGAAAUGGCAGACGAGCUGAGAAAGAAAUUUGGGACAAGCAUAUUGAGUCAUUUUCGUCCUCACUUCCUGACACAUAUGACAGAAAAAUCACGAAGAGGUCAAAUUGUCCGACUUGUGGAUUUAUUUGGAUUGUUUAUUGGUGAUUGCCUCCUGGAUGUAAGUAUUAACUAUUGUAAGAUACUGCAGUAGUAUAGAUCAACUAUUGGAACUGAUGGUGAUGAUGAUGAUGAUGAUGAUGAUGAUAGUGGUAGUGAUGAUGGUGGUGAUGAUGUUGAUGAUGAUAAUGAUGGUAAUACUGAUGGUGGUAAUGAUGAUGUUGAUGAUGAUGGUAAUACUGAUGAUGGUGGUAAUAUGGUCAUGGUGAUGAUGAUAGUGGUAGUGAUGAUGGUGGUGAUGAUCAUGAAUAUAUCAUGAUGAUGGUAACACUGAUGGUAAUAUGGUGGUGUUUGUUAUGGUGAUGAUGAUGGUGGUGGUUGUUAUGGUGAUGAUAAUUAUGUAUGUAUGGAUGUAAGUAUUAACUAUGGAACUUUAACAAAUGGGUCAAAGUGCAGCUAACCUCAAUUCGUUUUUUCAUUUCAUUCUUAUGAACUUUUCAUUUGAAUGAUAUGGUGACUUAUUUUUUACUCACUUUGUUUCUGAGAUAUCAGUUUGCUUGAUAUGCCAAUGUCGGAAAUGUACGUCACAUAUGCAUUGAGACUUCUCGGUUAACGUUAUCAAUAAUGCUAAAUAAUGGGGUUUUUUCUCACUAGAAUCAAGAAUCCAAACUAAGCCACCAGAAUUAUAAAGUAAAGUUUGGUGAAACGCCGCUUCCAAUUACAACUGGUAUCCGAGUACGUCUAGACCUACCAGCGGCCGAAUUUAGUGGUAAGUCAAACUGAAUCUAGUAGUUUGUGAACUUUCCUGGAGGAUGACUAACGACUAUCCCAGUAUUGAGCUAGUAUUACUACAGGAGAAAAUCCAAACUAAUUUUAUUUUUACACUGGGUAGCUCUAUCAGUUAUAAACUGUUCUCCCUGGAGGUUGAGUAGUAAUACCAUCCUAGUAUUGGGCUAUUAUUACUACAGGAGGAGACCCAAACUAAACUAACUUUAUUUUUACACUGGGUAGCUCUAUCAGUUAUAAACUGUUCCCCCUGGAGGUUGAGUAGUAAUACCAUCCUAGUAUUGGGCUAUUAUUACUACAGGAGGAGACCCAAACUAAACUAACUUUAUUUUUACACUGGGUAGCUCUAUCUGUCCCAAACUGUUCUCCCAAGAGGUUGAGUAAGGGCCAUCCCAGUAUUGGCCUAGUGUUACUACAGGAGAAAACUUACACUAAACUAACUUUAUUUAUACUGGACAGCUCUAUUAGUUCUAAAAUGUUCUCCCUAGAGGUCCAGUAAGGAUCAUCUCUUACUGAACCAGUGUUACUACAUGAGGAAACGUAAACUAAUUUUAUCUAUACCGGAUAGCUAUAUCAAUUCUAAACUGUUCUCCUUGAUGGCCCAGAAGAGGCCAUCCCUUAUUGGUCUCAGUACAUUUUAAUAUCAAAUACUCUGUACUUUGUUUAGAAUGGGUGGAGUUCACGCCAUUUGAGUACGGUAUGGCUAAGUAUGGUGUGUUUGGAAAUACCGAUGAUUUUGGUGGGAAAUUUUAUAAAGGAAGUUUGGUGAAGAAAUUUGAAGAAUCUCCACUAUCCUAUUUGCAAGGUGAUGUAUUGCCAUUAACAUUAUUGCAUCAUUACUGAAAAAAUGGAGAUCCUAAUAAAUUUCUGUGUUCCGAUACUUUUUCCACCCUUGAUUGUAACUUUCCAAUUUAGGAAUAUGGGGCAGUGCCUUUGGUAUAAUCUUAAAGACGUUGUUUACCAAGAAAGAUCACUCUGAAAAUGAAGUCCAAAACGAGCUUGGUAAGUACUUUUCUAAAAAAAAUAAAGUAAAAAACAAAUUCCGAAAAGACAUCUUGAGAAUACAAUAUAUGAUUCAAAUUUUUAUAAUAAACAGCUCUCGUUGUGUUUUAAAAGGAAGUCAAAUACCUUAUUAUUUAUAAGUGAUAUUUUUGUUUGCAUUACAGAGAAAGUCGCUCUUGAAGCAGCAGGUCAAUGUAAGACUGAAGAUGAUGAUAGUGAUGCUGAGGACGAGGAAGAUGAAUCACCUGAAGAUGAAGUGAACGGUAUGAAAUGCAGGGAUACUAGAGGGUACAGGGGGUGCGUAACCCUCCUAGUAUUGGCAGGGGGGUGCAAUGAUGUGCCAAUUUCCUUAUCUGAUCAUUUUUGACUUGGAAAGGCAAUUAGACCGAUUUCGAAAAAUUCUUCUCAUUUUUAUUCUUCCGAAAUUAAUUUCAACCCAGGUAAUCACUACUACCUUACAGAGUACUUCAAGACUAACGAAUUUUUACAAAGUAUAAGCAUAAUUCCAUGUAUUCUGUUUCAGGAAUUUUAAUUGUGAAAAAAAUGUUUAAAAAAAUGUUAAAAAUAAAAAAAAAUUAAAAUGUUAAAAAUACUUUAGUUUAUGCUAGAUUAGCAAACAAACCUGACUAGCCUGUUUUUGGCGCUUUUGCACCUGCUAAUACCGAUUUAGGUCUGUAACAUAGGCUAUAACAAACGCCACAAAAUAUCAGUUAAUAAGCAUGCGGAGACAAUCCUGUCCACUGAAAAAGGCAGACAGUCGAUACAUGUAUAUUUUCAACUGCUACAACCUGAUUGACAUUUUUCCUCAAAUUGGUAACACAACUGUAAAAAGCAGCCCAUUGUUAAAGUUCCAGUCCUACAGAACAUACCCAGCCCAUUUUGACCGGCCAUAUUUUGUUUUCACAGGGGAAUUUUGGCUAACUGAUGCACUCAAUCCUUUCAAUCUCAUUUUAUCCCGUCGAGGAAAGGCCGCUGAGGUGUUUAACAUUUUGCGAGGACUGGAAUUCAAGAGAGAACAAGGUAUGCUUUUGAUAGAAUUUUAAAGUUGAUGUUCUGUUGUUUUGUUUGGAGCUUAAUGCGAAAAGAGUGUGACUCUACUCUCCAGUUUGACUCUACAUAUAUAGGCGAGAGUGCUUGACCAACAAUAACAGGAUGUAAUAUUUCAAUUCCGACUAUAAGGACUGGACUAGAUUUCAAGUCCGCACAAUUUGAUUCCGAGGCGAAGCCGAGGACUGGAUCAAAAUGCGUUAUUAAUGCUAAUGUCAUAAUUGUCAUUAUGUAAAUAAGGAGUCGCCGUAAUUGGGGUAACCUGUGGUGUAAUCCCUGGCGCUACAUGUUGUAUUUUUGGUAGUUGCCGAAUUUCAUUAAAUCUGAAAUCUCUAUGAAAUAAUUUCUACAGAUAUUUUAGAUUUCUUCGUAGUAACACUGGUCUUUCUGCUGGUAAUAAUGCUGACGAAAAUUUCUGUCUCAUUUUAUAGACUCUGAAUUCGACCAGGCCCCAGGCAAUCACAAGACGAUGUGCUUGGUGGACAGCGGUAUCGCUUUCAAUUCUCCUUUCCCUACUCUGUUACGUCCUGAACGGAAAGUUGAACUGAUUCUGUCAUUUGAUUUCAGUCAGAGAGAUGGCGGCGAUACAGAAUUGCCUUUCAAAGUAAGUUUGCGUUACCAAACAACUGAUUUUAUUACUCACAUGAUUAUUUUCUCAAUUUUAUUAAUUUCUGCAGAUACCUAGUGCAAAUAUUAGGUCUGAGCAUGCGCACUGGCCAAAAUCGUUGCUACCUAAUGAUCUGCUCAUGCGCGCAUUAGCUUCGCUGAUGUAUACACGCCACCACAGCUUUCCACUUGGUCUUUGCAAGUCCGAGGGGUAAAGUUCAAAGUUCAUUCUUUUACUUUAUAUUAACCCAGAACAUUUUGAAAGCUGAACGCUGGGCAAAGGAGCACGGGCUCCCGUUCCCACAAAUCGACGGGAACCCAGUCUUGGAAAAUCCAGACAUUGAAGAAUGUUAUGUAUUUGAAGAUCAGUCAGAUCCAGAAUGCCCGACCAUUUUACAUUUUCCUCUUACCAACAAAACAUUCAGAGAUUUCAGUGCACCAGGUAAGACGCAUUACUCAGUGACCUAUAUAUACAGCUAUUUCAAUUAAGGUUGUCCACGAGCAAAGUGGAAAAGUCGAAUAUGAGCGCGAAAGGCUGCUGGGAAUCGCUAAUAAAUUCAUUCAUUUAUUAGCGAUUCCCAGCAGGCUUUCGCGCUCGUAUUCGACUUUUCCGCUUUGCUCGGGGAUACAUUGUCCGUCAAAUUCUACCUUUUGUCAGAUCAAAGCUUUUUAUGACCGGACAUAUGACCGAGCGAUUUAGGCUAAUCCAAUCCCCAAUCUCAAAAAAAUUGUUUAUUUAACACAUUUUUUAUUAUUAAAAUCAACAAGAAAGCAAUAUAGACAGCACUUCUCCACUAUUUAUUGCUACAUUAUUAACAGUAAAAUGUAAUUAUAAAUUACCUUAAUCGUAUACAUGGUAGAAAUUAAAGUUAUGUGUAACCUGAACCAUAGUUUACUGAUGCAUGAGGACUGGUAGGUAUAUGCUAAGUUUUAGAUGCAUUGCAGUGCGGACUAACAUGACCAGGCAAAAAAAUACAUCGUGCUAAUUUUCAAAACAAAAUAUGAAAAAUUUUACUUUGUCCAUUGUCUGGGAAAUAUUGAUAAAUGUCCGACCAAUUUUUGGCUUGGCCAAACAUUUGUCCUUCCAAGUAAAAUAAUUAUUUGCAGGCCUGUGACAUGGUGUAUGUAUUUCGUAUUUCAGGGGUACCGCGCGUGACAGAAGAGGAUAAAGAAUUUGGAAACUUUGCAAUCUUUGAUGACCCUGAAAAGCCCUAUUCAUCCUUCAAUUUCGAAUACGAGGAGAAACAGUUUGACCGACUUCAUAAACUGAUGAAGUACAACACCUUGGCUAAUAUGGACGUUAUCAAGGAAAAGAUUGCAUUUCAAACAGAUUUCAGACGAAAUAAUCCUCAUUAUUUUGGUCAGUAAUCGCUUGUGUGAACAAUGUUGAACUUGCAUGAGGAGACGCUGUAAUUGGCUGACGCCUAAAGCCUAGCUCACAUAUGCCUGCAGUAUGCCUGCGCUAUCAUUGUUUACAACUGUUGAUGCAUACAUUCUUUCGUGAAUUAUUUGGUUGAACUUCUAACGACAAUAGCCCGCCGACAUACCACACAGGCAUAUGUGAACCAGGCUUAUAAGCAAUUAUCCUGCUUCAGUAAAUUAAUAUAUAAUCGUAAAUUAGUAAUUACAGUAAUGAUGAGAAUCAAAUUAAUAGGCAAAUUAAUAAUUGUAAAUUGUAAAUUAGGGUUGAUUGGUGUAUGUAAAUUCUUGUUUCUAUAUUGGAAAUACUUAUAGUGUAUAAGUUUUUGUUUGAAAGAUCUUUAUAU